AACUUGUUGCUCCAGAUGCCUAACAGGGUCUUUAUUAAGCAUCCGGUCAACCCGACCUGUCAUUCUCACAAAGCUGCUGAGGUGGACCAACAUGGAGAGCUUGUUGAGGCAACUGGUUCGGGGGAAGGCUCUGCUUCUCAUAAUAGUUCUUGGACUGGGAGGAUCUUUUCCAAUGGGAUGCAACAUCACGCUGAUUAGCUCACCAGCUCCAUACAUUCAGCGUUUUAUAAACAGCAGCUGGACUCACCGGUAUGGAGAAGCUCCAGUAGAGAAUACUGUCACGUUUAUCUGGUCGGCUGUGACGUCCGUCUUUGCUUUGGGUGCACUGUUUGGGUCCAUAAGUGUCCGGAGCGUCACCAACAAACUGGGCAGAAAGAGAGCCAUGAUCUGCAACAACGCUAUCAAUGUCGUAGCUUUAUGCAUCAUGAUCGCCUCUAAACCUGCAAACUCGUUUGAGAUGAUCCUGCUCGCUCGCUUCUUGUUUGGACUCACCUCAGGGUUAGGUUUCAGCAUCCAUGUCCUGUAUCUGGGAGACUGCUCACCCAAGAAAAUCAGAGGGACGGUCACUCUUUCUACGGCUAUUUUCUUAUCUAGUGGAAAGCUGACGGGGCAAGUCAUGGGGAUAAGUGAGAUCCUGGGCCGGGAGGACUGGUGGAAUAUCCUUCUUAGUGUUCCAGCGUUUUUCUCCAUAAUCCAGAUGGUAACUCUGCCUUUCUUCCCUGAGGCACCGAGAUACUUACUGAUAGAGAAGGGCAACACUGAAGAGUGUAAAAAAGCCCUGCAGUGUCUGUGGGGUCCGGGUGAUUAUAAGCUGGAGAUUGAGGAGAUGCUGGUGGAGAAGGACGCGAUGAAGGGGGAGCGCAGUAAGACUCUGUUGGAGCUACUGAGGGAUCAGCAUGUUCGCUGGCAACUUCUCACUGUGUUCUUUAUCAACGUAGCCAUCCAGUUCUGCGGCAUCUCCGCUUUCAGCGUCUUUGCGUUCAGCAUCUUCGAGGAGGCGGGGAUUCCUGUGGAUAAGAUCCGUUAUGUCACGAUGGGGAUUGGGACAUGUGAGGUUCUCACCAACAUCACAUGCGGUAUGCUGAUUGACCGUGUGGGCAGGAAAGUGCUGAUCUGGGGAGGUUUUGGGUGUAUGGCCAUCUUUUUGGCACUGAUCACCCUCACUCUGGAGAUAAAGGACUACGCUGUCUGGAUUCCGUACAGCACUAUCGCACUCAUAUUCCUCUUUACGAUAUUUUAUGGAGGAGGCCCAGCUGGAGUGGUGUCAUCCAUCUACCACGAGAUAUUUAUCCAGUCAUAUCGAUCUGCUGCGUUUAUCUUCAUCGGUAUUCUGAUGUGGGGGGGCUUCGCUGUGCUGGGAUUCAUGUUCCCUUUCCUUCUAGCUGCUCUAAAGUCCUUCAGCUUCCUGUUCUUCUCUUCUGUGUGUGUGGCCAUAUCUCUCUACAUUUACUUCAUCCUACCGGAGACGAAGGGCAAAACUCCACUGGAAAUCUCUGAAGAUUUCAGGAACAUCAGACUCUGUGGAUCUUCAGCUGAUAACAAAUGCUUGGAGACCAGACUAUGAAAAAAAUCUAAAAAUCCAACAAUCUGAUGAUGAAAUAUAGGCCUGUGAAUAAUUAUAAUAUGGUAAUAUUAUAAUAUAGUGAGAGUGGGAAGAGGACCAUGUCUAAACCUUUUCCAGUCGUAACUCCUUAUAGAUAUCCUUAUGUACAUUAUUUCCCUGGUGCCUUCCAGAAACCUUAUCCCUACCCUUCCAUUUUGCACCUGCACACCUAUGGGUAGGGUGUCCCAAUUCUUGUUUGGCUCAAGGGUUAGGAGGACGUUUUUGGGCUACAUGACCCUUCAAUCUAAGAUUUUUCAGAGGCACACUUAAAACAGGGGGAAGAGUGGUCCAGAAUUGGCCCUGCUCCCUCUGGGUGGGUAGAUGGCCCUCUCUCCCCUCAUCACUCCUAGGGUGAUGUCUGCAGCACAGAGCGUCUGUGAGCUGAUGUAUCGAGUCGCUGCACUUUCCUCCGAGCGAGCUGUGAUGCUACUCGGCAAUGCUGCAUCAGCAGCAGCUCAAAAAGAAGCGGUGGCUGACUUCACAUGUAUCGGAGGAAGCACGUGUUAGUCUUCGCCCCCCUGGUGUGUUGGGGCAUCGCUAGUGAUAGGAGUCCUAAUGGCAGUGUAAAUUGGGGAGAAAAUGGGAAAAAUUAGAAAUAAAAUUAUAAAAAAAAGAGAGAAAAACAGAGGGCUGUGAGAAUUACUGGCAAGAUGGCGAAACAAAAUUUUCCUUAUUAAAAAUACAAUAACCCCUAUACAACCAUAGUUUAACCCCUUAAAAUGCCUUGUCCCAUAUACAGGCUACAGGUGUAGGUGAUACAAAACCCUUUUUCUGCAGAAAAAUAACUUAUUAACGUUCUGAAAAUACAGUAUUUUCUUUAUAUUUAACAUUUUAUUUAAUCAUCUUAGUAACUUAGUAACUAUUUUUCUUUCUCUAACAAAAAUGGCACACGAUUCAGCUCAUCACAUUUUACUAAGCACUUUGUGAGUGAGAUUUGGUUCCUUUUUUUUUAAUCCUAAUGCAGAAACUACUGUGAGUUAUUUAGUAACAUGGUUAUAUGUUGUUAAAUAUGUUAGAUAUAACAGCAUUAGAGUUAGGAUAGUGAAAUGUGGGCUCAAUAAAUUGUGUUGUAUUGCUAUGUUUGAGUAUUUAACAGUAUAUUAGUCUCAGUGUGAAUGUAAUUGUGGUCAUUGUGAGGAGUUGAAUAUAAGUAUUGUCAUAGAAAAGAAAGAUCUCUAUAUAUAAUGUACAGUCGAAUGAAAAAUGUAUUGCUUGCUUAUUUUCUGUUUGUAUUUAUUUGUGUUAUUAUUUAUUAAAUUAUUUUGAACAAAUAAAAAAACAUUUACAGCCCAACUAGCCUGGA